AUGGAUGGUAAGUUAGAAGCUACCCUUCUUCUUCUUCUUCUAACUAGUACAGUAGUCAUCAUCAUAUUGGCAACGAGGAGGAGAAGGUCGAAGUCGGGAGUAUCACGGCUGCCGCCGGGGCCAUGGAAGCUGCCGGUGAUUGGAAAUCUGCACCAAAUGCUGGCCGGCGGCGGCGAUCGUCACCUGCCCCACCGCCGGCUGGCCCACCUGGCCACCAGAUACGGCCCACUGAUGCAGAUCCAGCUGGGCGAGAUCCCCAGCGUCGUCGUGUCCUCCCCGGAGUGGGCCCGGGCCAUCAUGCAGGCCCACGACCUCAACUUCGCCACCAGGCCCGUCCUGCCCUCCGUCGCCAUCAUCUUCUACGGCUGCCGCGACAUCGCCUUCGCGGCCUACGGCGAGUACUGGCGGGAGAUGAGGAAGGUGUGCGCCGUGGAGCUGUUGGGCCCGCGGCGGGCCCAACAGCUCGGCCCGAUCAUGGAGGAAGAGAUGGCCCAGAUGGUGAAGAGAAUAUCUUCCUCGUCGUCGUCAUCAUCGUUGUUAUGUGACAAUCCAAGUACCACAUCGGUAACACAAGGGACGACGACGACGAGACCUUGCAUGUUAUCAUCAUCGUGCGUCAACCUGACGCAGAUGCUGUUAUCACUGGGGAACGCCAUCACGUCACGGGCCGCCUUCGGGAAGGCCCAGAGACAGGAAGACGUCUUCCUGCCUUUCAUCGAACAGAUGGUGAACACGCUGGGAGGUUUCACUUUCGGCGACCUCUUCCCCUCGUGGAAGCUCUUGCGUCGCGUCGUUGGGACGGAGAAGAAACUCAAGGAGCUUCACGGGGCAGCAGAUGUCGUCCUCGAAGGUAUCAUUAGCGACCACUUAGCCAAACGAUCGGUUGUUGCAGCGGACGAUGAUGACGACCAAGACCUUGUUGAUGUGCUUUUGAAUCUCAAGGAGGACAAACACCUCGGGUAUACUUUCUCCAACUCCGAGAUUAAAGCCGUCAUCCUCGACUUGUUUCUGGCUGGAACUGAAACAUGGACUGUCACAGUGGAAUGGGCGAUGUCACAACUGAUGAAGAACCCGAGAAUCAUGGAGAAAGCACAGAGAGAAGUCAGACAUGUGGUGGCAGGAGCUGCUGGUGGAGGAAAUAGUAGGAAAAUAGAUGCAGCGACGGUGGACGAACUGGGCUAUCUCCAGCUGGUUGUGAAAGAGACUUUAAGGCUGCAUCCUCCGGGGCCCCUGACGAUACCGAGGGAGUGUCGAGAGACGAUAGUGAUUGACGGGUAUCGGAUACCGGCCAAGACCAGGGUCAUUGUCAAUGCAUGGGCUAUCGGCAGAGAUCCGCGCCAUUGGGUCGAACCGGAGAAAUUCCAUCCGGAAAGGUUCCUCGACCUCGCGAUCGACUACAAGGGACUCGAUUUCGAAUUCAUACCGUUUGGAUCCGGACGAAGAGUUUGCCCCGGGAUGCAGUAUGCGGUCUCCAGCAUCAAUCUUGCGCUCGCCAAUCUGCUCUAUCAUUUCGACUGGAAGCUGCCCAAUGGGAUCCAGCCUCAAGAUUUCGAUAUGUCCGAGGGAUUUGGGAUUGAAGUGAAAAGAAAAAAUGAACUCUUCCUAAUUCCCGUUCCAUCCCACGCCUCAAAUACUAGCGCCUAG